AUGGCAGCGGGAGAUAUUGGUAGUGCAUCCUUUUUGAAUAAGCAGCUCAAGAUGCGGGGCUUGCAGAAGCUUCGAUUCUACUGUCAAAUAUGUCAGAAGCAAUGUAGAGACGAAAACGGUUACAAGUCGCAUUGCAAGUCCCCAUCGCACUUGAAGAGGCUCAGUAAUAUAACACAUGAGGACAUAGAGCAAUAUACGAUCCAAUUUGAGAAAGAUUUCCUUAGGUUGCUACGGCUUAUGCAUGGAGAGAAGAAGGUUGAAGCGAACAAAUUCUACAACGAGUUCAUUCAAGACAAGGAUCAUAUACAUAUGAAUGCUACCAAAUUCACGUCAUUGACACGAUUCAUUCAGCACCUCAGUCAAAAGGGUAGUAUUCGUGUGCAUGGGAUUGACGAACUUACGAGCGAUUCGGAUCCCGGACGAUUUAUGAUUAGCUAUAUUGAUUCGUCAUCAGAGAAUGUAAUACGGAAGAAAGAGAUAGAGGCGUUGAAGCAGGGUGAACGGAGCGAACAGGAGAUCAAGAUGAAGCUAUUAAAAGCUCAGAUUGAGAAAAUGAAGAAGGAGGAAGAAGUUCAAUCUACAAGUGUCUCGGAUACGGAUAAUGCGACGGAACCCAAGGUGGAUUCUCCACCGACUGCACCACUUAAACUAAAUCUUAGUGCAAAUAAGGUAAUAAAGAAGAAGCCUAAGAAGAAACUCGGCAAUGUAUUUAAGAAGUAA